UUGAAAAAAUAAUUUAUAAAUAUAUAUAAAUCCCGAAAUUCACAUCUCCUUCCCCCACAACUCUCCGAUUCAGCCGCGUCUCAGCCUCUUCGAUCCGCUUCCUCCGCCGAUAUUCAUCAAUGGCUCCUUCCUCCAACCUUAGUCGAUGGCUGAGGCCCGAGGUUUACCCACUUUUCGCGGCGGUAGGAGUGGCCGUCGGAAUCUGCGGAUUUCAGUUAGUCCGUAACAUCUGCAUCAACCCUGAAGUCAGAGUGAGCAAGGAGAAUAGGGCUGCUGGAGUCCUGGAUAACUUUGCUGAGGGAGAGAAAUAUGCCGAACAUUUCCUGAGGAAAUUCGUACGCAACAAGUCCCCAGAAAUUAUGCCAUCGAUCAACAACUUCUUCACAGACCCGAGUCGAAACUAAGAAUGCUACAAUGAAAGGAGGAUUACACAUUAGUUUGGAUAUAGAUUUGAGUUUGGAUUGUUGGUGGGUUGGUGGCUGUAAACUAUGCUGCUGUUACGUUUGCUUUUUUUGUUGAUCUGAGAAAGUUUGAAAACAGUGGUCUGAUGAAAUAAACUAUUCUGAACCAUAAUUUGAUUUCAGUUAUUGUGAAAUUCUGAUGCUGAUGGAUA